CUCCGCGCUUCUGAUAGUUUCAACAGAGUACGAUCCCAGAGCGACAGGUUUGAGACUCCACCGUCUGAGAAACCCAGCGCUCACUCACUGGAUAUUUAUUCACCUGUAGGACGUUUCUUACCUGGCCGCGCCGUAGUUUCGGAGGGCAUAAGCUGUUUGUUUACACGAUUUAAAAGGGAACUAGAUUGUAAACCAACUCAAGAGGGACUCGCUGAAUAGGCUACAGCGACGCACUUUAACAUUAAGUUUCUCUGCUCUGCCAUUGAGAGAAACUAGAGGAUCCACAUACGAGUUUCUAUCUCCAUCUGACUGUGUCGGUUGAUUCUUUUCGCGAUUCUGUGUCGAGUUCAACAAACGGACAGACAAAUUUCGUAAAGGAGGACUGUCCACCCUUCACUCCGAUGAACAUGUCAGGACUGUUAAGCGCACUCUUUCUCCUACUUAUUCAAGGGUCGUUGGCUCAGCGCGUGAGGGUGGAGCCAGAAGUCAUGUCAUAUCCUGGUCAUACUGUGACACUGCGUUGCCAGUUUCCGAACCCAGGCGAAAACCAGCUCACUCAGGUGUCAUGGAUCUUUGAACCGACUGACGCAGAGCGAACCAACAUCGCAGUUUUCCAUCCAAGCUUUGGGGCAAAUUACCCUACCAAAUCCCCUCUAGCAGGGCGUGUCCGUUUUAUAUCAGACCCGCCCACUUUGGACAACCCGUCCAUUCAGAUCAAAGAUGUGAAGAUGACCGACGAGGGACGAUAUAUCUGUGAAUACGCCACCUACCCUUCCGGCAACGAACAAGGAGUCUCUUCGCUGAUCAUGCUGGCUAAACCAAAUAACACGGCUACAACUGUCACAGUUACCGCCGGCAAAACCCCGGUCAUUGUGGCACGCUGUGAAUCAUCUAAUGGCCGUCCGGCAGCGGCCAUUUCUUGGUCCACGGCGCUUAACGGAAACGAGGCGACGCCGACGAAGAAGGACAAUCCGGAUAAUACGGUCACUGUCCAGAGCACCUACAUGCUGGCUCCGCAGCCAGCGGAUAAUGGCAAAGACAUCAGCUGCGUGGUGUCGCACCGUACCCUGUCCCAGCCUGAGACCUUCCCGAUGAAACUUGUUGUUGAAUAUCCUCCCCAGGUGCAGAUCGUUGGGUACGAUAACAACUGGUACAGGGGCCAGACAAAUGCAUAUUUGACCUGUCAGGCUGAUGGAAACCCCGCCCCCAUAUCUGUCACCUGGAAAACUUUGUCCGGGCUGAUGCCUGAAACGGUGCAGUUGAAGGAAAACCGGCUCGCCGUGCAGAAGGUGGAUGACACAAUAAAUACCACCUUCAUCUGUGAGGUCAAGAACAGCUUGGGAUACGGCAGAGAUCAGGUCACCAUCUUCGUGAGGGAGCAAUCACCUUCCUCUUCGAACGCAGGUGUGAUCGCAGGCGUGAUCUUCGCUUGUCUUCUGGCCAUCAUACUGAUAAGCGUCCUUGCCUACUUCCUGGUAUCCCAUAAUCGCCGCCAACAGCAUGGUUACCGUGGCACUGGCAAGCCAACCGGUGCUCCCUACGACUCCUUUACCCGCCUCUUUGGCUCUGCCAAGUCGAGCAAAAAUGGUACCGGAAACAACGGAAACAACAACACGCCCAUUUACAGAGGAGAUGUGGGGCUUAACGAGAAAACGGCCAAUCAGGGCAUGCAUCCGGGGGGCGUGGCUCUGCUCGAGACCACUCGCACGCACACAGCGGAGGAUAUCCUGCUUAGUAGAGAGAUGGAUGAGGUAGAACGGAAGAAAUUCGAUGAACUGGAAGAAGAGGAUGAGCGAUAUGACCAUUUCAGUGGGGUUGGACCCAUCCUACAGCUCCGCCCACAUGAAGAUGACAUAGAUGAUGACAUGGAGUCCCAGAGGGAUGGCUCUGUGAUCUCUCGGACUGCUGUCUACGUGUAAGAGGAGAGCAGAAAGAGGUUCUUGAAGGGUAAACGUGGACCUCUUCCAGAAGGAUUACAUUUCUUCCUCUCAACGAAUAUUCAUUUUAUUGUAAAAACAAAUUACGGCAUCAAAUACCAUGAGAAGGAUUAAUGGAUGGAUUGAGUUAAUGAAUGGAUGAAUUAAUAUGCUGGAUAUAGCACAGAUUAAAACAUUGAAGGAUCGGGUGAAGUAAAUAGAGACUACUAAGUACAAAACUGUCAGGCUUCCAUUGAUAUUUUUGCUCUGGUUGUCAUGGUGACACGUUCUGAGUAAUACGAAACUGCAGAUGUUGACAUGAUAUAUAUAUGACAUGCACACACAUGAAGUAAUGUAUGUAAAUCCACUGUGCUGUUAUGUAAUCGUUUUAACUUGUUAUUAUUUGUUUUCACACUUAAACCAGUUUCAAACUUGAUUUACUUUCAAAAUUGAUUUCAGUUAGAGCACAUUCCUCGGCCCUACAUCUCUCUUUCAGCAGGUUUUAUGGAAGCUGUCCUUAUGUAUUGUGUAGAGUCAAACAUGCACAGUGCAUUUGAUCUAAAUUCACCCUCACGCGCUCAUCUGUCUCGAGAUGACGUGUACAGUUCACUCAUUUUACAGCACUCAAUAUCUCAAUCCUGUGACAUGAUGACUCACCAGUGAAUCAUUUAGUUUCGGGGCUAAUCAAAUCAAAUGUUAAUGAAUUAUGUGUUCGUUCUCACCCACAGUCCAUUUAGUCAGGAAAAGAUGGGUUCAAGGCAGCGCAUUUUACCGUUCUCCCUGCACAUGUACAAUUUCCUUAAGCAUUCAAUCACAAAAACAAUGUAGCAGAUUGCUGUAGUAAUAAAAACAGCGAGUCAGGGUCACAUCCUUAUACACAGUGAACUUUAAACCCUGACGGAAAGAGAUGAUCCAUCUGAAUUUAUUGUAAUAUGUUACCGUUAAACUGAUUAAGUGAUGGUGUGCCACAUAUCUAACACUUUACAUUAUGGUUCAGUUUGUUAAUAUUAGUAAUAGUUAUCAUGAACUAACAAUGUUUACAGCAUUUAUUAAUAUGCUAUUGUUUGUUGUUAAGUCAUCAAGUAACUUGAAAUGUAUAUGUCAAAAUUGACUUUAGCUAAGAUUAUUAAAUGCUUUGGGCAUAUUGUUUAAAGUUAGUUCAUUAUACCUAAUGCAUUAAUUAAUGAUAACAUAUUAAACCUUACUGUAAAGUGUUACCAACAAAUCUAUAUUUAUAGCUAUACCCCAUGUCCAUUGUUACCAUGGCCACACAGCUAUAUAUAUAUACCUCUCCUCCGACACCAGUUAUGCAUCACGUACUGUUAUUUCCUUGUUUUAUUGUCGUUCCUCACCGUCGGUGAGAUACACUGCCUUGUUUUAGGGGAAAUAAAAUGAAGAAGCUCUUGAAUGAGUGAAUGAUCAUGUGUAAUGUUCGAUGUGAGGUGAUAUGUAAACUACUGUAUGUACACAUUUUAUUUUUCUUAAAAAUGACAAAAAAUGUCUAUACUUCUAAAUGUUGUAAAUACGGAGACGGGGCGAGGUGAAUAUCCAGGUCGAAUGUUGCGCAUGUCAACCACGGCUCUGUGCAUACAGAACUAUAUGAGAGCACAUAUCACAUAUUUAUAUCUGUAAUCUAGUAUGGAUUGUACUAGUUUCACCUGUAUCGAGUUUAAACACAUUCACAUGGGGAAGCUUUCUAUCGGGUGUAGUUUGAGUGUAUGUGUGUGUAUGAGAGUGAGUCAGCGUGUUAAGUGGUGUCUGACUCGAGGGCAGUGAGUUAUUCCUCCAGUCUCUCAGGGUCUCGCACACGUACACGGUGUGAUUUAAACUGGACACACACACAUAUAUUCGUUCUCCCUCUAAAUCAUCUUUCAAACCAACUGCCCUUGAGUCUAUAAGCAUCCCUCUCUGUUCCCGAGCAUCAGAGGGCAUAUUGGGUACCGUAGUUUUGUUUCCCUGGGCUUCCAUCUUGAUUCAGUGACCCUAUUAGUGCCACAUCUGGAUCAAUGCUGCUGAAAGAAGUUGUUCUCACCUUUGAAAGGGUGGUCGGUCUGACACGGGCCGGUCUGGCGCGUUCUGAUCCGUCUGGCACCGAAUAGGCCGGGGUUUCGACGCAGCUUAGUUUACGUCCUGAUUGAAAGGUCAGACCGCAAUCAGUGAAUGUGUGAGUAGAGGAAGUGAUUUCGUCACUCGUGCUCUGAGAGGCAGAACGCUUUAGCUCCUCAUUAGAGGAGAGCGCACUGACCUUCCAGCUCAACGUCUCCACCAGGAAUUCCGUAAUGAAGGAACGGAUGCCUUGAGAAUAUUAAGGAAGUAUCCUCUGAGAUGGGAAACGGUUUAAGUAGAUUUCCAGAGAGUUUGGAGUCUUGAAUAUGGGAUGAUACGCCUCUUCGAUGUCGUCGUCUCUUGUUGUCUGGUUUCGAUGUUCCACAGUUCUGGUAAACACAUGCGCACACAUUUAAAAGCCUUAAUGUCACCCGUCACGAACCAUUCCUCCUGUGUACAUAGUAUAAAUAUAUAAACAUGAUAUAAGACUAAACGGUAAUGUCACCAUCCUUGUGUAAUGUGCUUCACUGCUGUGAGCAUGAAGGAUACAUGGUUUUAAUUGAGUUGGUAUUGCUUUAUAAUAAUGUUGAAUUUGUUCGCAUUUUAAUGCAUUAGGUAUCAUAAACCAGUGUAACAUUGAAUAACAAUUUUUACAGCAUUUAUUAACCUAGGUUAUGAUUUAUGAAUGCAGGCUACUAUUGUUUAUUGUUAAUUCAUGAUUGUUCAUAAUAAAAUAUAUUAGUAUGCGCAGAACAAUAAUCUAGAUUAAUAAACGCUGUAAAAAUGUUCAUUAUUUUGUUACUUAAUGCAUUAACUCAUGUUAACACAUUGAACCAUAUUGUAAAGUGCUAUUGAGUUUUAUAUCAGUUGAUUUUACUGUUGUUUAUUUUUUCUUUUACUUUUUUAUUAAAUGAUCUGUGCUUUAAUUGUUUUUAUUCUGAGUGGUUUAUUGAUGCCUGUAACGUGUUUGUGCUGUAAACUGUUGAGCAGCGCUCUUGAACUCUCAUGGACACAGAAAACAUCUAUACUACUAAAUGCUUUAUCGCCUUGCGUUGCUUUUAGGUAUUAUUUUGGUUGUCUGAAUGUUUUCGCAGUCUUUGUAAUAUUGUCUUUUUUAUUUGGUUGCUUAUUAAAGUCUUACCAAUAUUUGA